GUCAUGUGACCACAAAAGGACUCAUUCUGUCGCUACAGUCGGUGAGAACAUGGAGGGAACGGUCGUGUUGUCUGUCCUCGUUGUCUCUCUCCUGCUGCUGUUUACCAGUGCACAGCCCCUCACCUACGACCUGGAUGACCGGAAGGGACUGGGGAGGGUUUUUGACGGAAUAGGAGGUUUGAGCGGCGGAGGGGCCACAUCUCGGUUACUGGUGAAUUAUGCAGAGCCGUACCGCAGCCAGAUCCUUGACUACCUGUUCAAGCCAAAUUUUGGAGCUUCACUACAUAUCUUGAAGGUGGAGAUUGGAGGAGAUGCUCAGACCACCGAUGGAACUGAACCAUCGCACAUGCACUAUGAGAACGAUGAGAACUACUUCAGGGGCUAUGAAUGGUGGCUAAUGAAAGAGGCUAAGAAGAGAAACCCAAACAUUACACUUAUAGGUUUACCAUGGGCAUUUCCUGGUUGGGUUGGCAAUGGAAAGAACUGGCCCUAUGAUUUCCCAGACAUAACUGCAUCGUAUGUGGUCAACUGGAUCCUUGGUGCCAAGCAAUACCAUGACCUGGACAUUCAGUAUGUUGGGAUUUGGAAUGAGCGAAACUUUGACAGCAAGUACAUCAAGCUGCUGCGGUACACUCUGGAUAAAAACGGACUGGAGAACAUCAGGAUCAUAGCCAGUGACAACCUGUGGCAGCCUGUUGCCCGGUCUCUGCUGCUCGACCCUGAGCUGAGCCGAGCUGUAGAUGUGAUAGGUGCCCACUACCCAGGCACCACCACUAUACCGGAGGCCUUACAGACUCAGAAAACACUUUGGUCGUCAGAGGACUACAGCACCUUCAAUAAUGCCAUUGGAGGAGGAUGCUGGGCACGUAUUCUCAACCAGAACUACGUCAACGGAAACAUGACCGCCACUAUCGCCUGGAAUCUUGUGGCCAGCUACUACAAUGAGCUACCGUUUGGCAGAGAUGGGCUGAUGACAGCUAAUGAGCCAUGGAGUGGCUACUACGCAGUGGAAUCUCCCAUCUGGAUCACAGCCCAUACCACACAGUUUACACAGCCAGGAUGGACCUACCUCCAGACUGUUGGACACUUGGACCAAGGAGGGAGUUAUGUUGCCCUGACUGACGGAGAAGGAAAUCUCACUGUUGUCAUAGAAACAAUGACUCACAAUCAUUCUGUAUGCAUCAGACCCCCACUGCUUCCAUAUAAAGUCACACCACAGAAAGCAACCUUCCAGCUCCAGGGAUCCUUUGCUAACAUCAAGAAACUCCAAGUAUGGAGGUCCCAGUUUAACUUUGAGACCAAGAGACCCUCCUUUUUUGAGAAGCUAGCUCCAGUGAAGCUGCUGAACGGAUCGUUCACCUUAGAUCUGGAUGAAGAUGAGGUUUACACGCUCACCACACUUACCACAGGACAGAAAGGCAGCUAUUCUGACCCACCUGCUUCAGCCACCUUCCCAAAAUCCUACAAGGAUGACUUUAGUGUUCGGAAUCCUCCCUUCACUGAAGCUCCAAACUUUGCUGACCAGACAGGUGUGUUUGAGUACCACAUCAACCUGACAGAUCCCGGGCCUCACAUCUUUACCCUACGACAGGUUGUUACCCAGAGACCCGUAACAUGGGUGGCAGACGCUGACCAGACAAUCAGCGUCUUAGGCGACCAUAAAUGGCAGAACAUAACAGUGACGUGUGACGUCUACAUGGAGAAGAGCAAUACUGGCGGUGCGUACGUUGCAGCUCGUGUGAACAAAGGAGGCGGAUUCGUGCGUGGAGCGGAAGGAGUUUUUUUCUGGGUGUUUACAGACGGCACCUACAGAGUUACCAAUGACCUUGCUGGUGAGAGAGUCCUGGCCGAGGGUCAGGCUGGCACACAUGAAUAUAGAUGGUACACCUUGUCACUGACUGUGGAGGGUCAGUAUGCGUCAGGAAAGCUGAAUGGAUAUCUGCUUUGGAAGAAUGCUGUGGUUUUGACUCCAAAGAAUGGUUGGGCUGCCAUCGGAACACGCUCCUUUGAACUUGCUCAGUUUGAUAACUUUGCUGUGGUGGCACAAUAGUUCUUCUACAGCAAGAUUUUUUUCGUCAAUAUGAGUAUAUACUAGGAUCGGCAUCGCGUCCAUAUUGGAAAAUAUCGGGGAUCGUAUAUCAACACAACCAUAGCCCGUCUGGUCCGAUACCCAAGACCAAAUAGUCAACUUUUCAUGAGAUGCCUUAAACGGGGACAUUGGUAUCAGCAGAUGCUCAAAGUAUUGUUAUGAAGUUGUAUCGAGCCAGCCUUAGUAUGUAUACAUUCAUUACUUUGAUUAAUGAAGGCAUAGAUUUAACCAAAGACUGGGUUUGCUCACUUUCACUGCAUUUUUUUCACUUUCAUUGAGAACUAAACAAGCAGAAGUAUAAAUGAUGAUAAACAUGAUGUGAAAUCCACAUAUCACUUUUAAAAUUGCUGCUGUAAUUGUGCACUGUAUUUUUAUACUGUAAUUUAUGCAUUAUGAUGAAGUUGAUAGGCUACAAGGGAAAAUUGUAGGGAUGGUAAUAUAAAUCUUAUCACCUUGCCAUAAACAGAACAAUCUUCAUCAGUAUGAACACAGUCUAUAAGACUGAGUUUCACGAAUUGUUUACAACCAAUGAAGGCUUAACUAAUUUAACACCCUUUGGAUUACUUGUGGCUAACUGUGUUUUGGAAUGAUUUGAGAAAGAUUCUGAAUAAAUGAUCUGAUAUCACAUAAAAUUAAAGUAUCUGACAUCA